AUGAAAGUGGCUGUUAAAAUAACUAAUAUUGUUAGAGUGGGCAAUCGUGCUUUGACUCACAGAAACUUGCGUGAUUUUUUGGCCGAAGUGGAUGCUACAUAUGGCGACUUGUUACUUCACACCGAUGUUCGUUGGUUAAGCGCCGGAAAGUGUUUGCAACGAUUUUUCGCUCUACGCAAGGAAAUUCCUAUUUUCCUUAAAAAUGAAGUGACGCCCGACACUACGGAACUGGAAAAUCAAAUGGCAGAUGCACAAUUUUUAGCAGACCUUGCAUUUUUAACAGACAUGACAUCUCACCUUAACGAAUUGAAUUUGAAGCUACAAGGAAAACAGCAGAAUAUUGCCAACUUAUUUGGACACAUAAAUGGAAAUAGUCACGAUAGUGAUAGCGAUAGUAAAUAUGACGAUGAUAAAUGCAAUAACAAAAACAAGUGUAACAACAAGAGUGAUGAUGAUGAUGAUGAUGAUGACAAUGAUGAUAAAAGCACCAACAAAAUGGUUGACAGCAACAGUAGCAGCAAAAGCGACGACAACAGCGAUGAUACUGAUAGCAAUAGGAGAGGCUGUAGUGAAGGUGACAAUAAUCAUCAUCAAGUGUCCUCACAAAGACCAACCGGUCUGGUGCAUCAAUGGGAAGACAUCUGCAAAUAG